AUGACGAUUAAGCCACGACUAGGUAUCCUCUCGAGCAACCACGAUGAUACGACGCAAGCUACCCGAGAGCUCAAGACAGUCGAUAAUAUCAUCAAACACCCAAAGCUCGACACCACUAGUCCAUUCUUGAUUCAACCAACAACCACGCCUAUCGCUCCUACGAUUCGACCGUGCGUUGAUCAUCCGGCUCAGGAAACAUGUCGAGCAUUCUUGGAAGCAGUCAACACUGCGACUAUCCACAUUUGCCAGGCCGGCGAGGAUGAGCAGCCAUGCGCCAUUGAUGCCGCCUUUUGUGCCACAGUGCCACGGGACAAAGACGGUAUCCAGGGUCGCCGCCGCCGCCGCCGCUGGACCUAUGCUAUGCUUGCGUGCGAGGACGAAUCGAAACACGGCGGGCGGAUGCUGCUGGCGGUACCACGCUAUCGCAGUCUCACAGACGAUGCUUCAGGUCUGGUAGAUUUACCUACCACUGCGGCGCUGCAGGACGCUUCUAGCUGCCGGGACCACAUGCAAAGUGCCUGCGGUCGAGGCCCCGCGGACGAUGUUCUUAGUCGUCCCACCAUCGCCAAACUCACACUUGGUGUCAUCCUGCGCUGA